UUUCAAAACACGAAAGUGAUGAAAUCUCCUCCCUGCACUUCGCUAUUCGGACCUCUGAGCCCGUUCUCUCUUUAGAUAGUGGUCGUGUAGUUUACGUGCUUUUGGGGUUUAUAAGAUCUUUGCGGAGAAAGGUUAUCAAGUCAAUCUGAGUUUGAGAUCAAUAUUUUGACAAAUAUAUUUGCUGAUGGAAGGAGCAGCAUAUGACAUUAAGACAUAUAAACCUCUAGACGGGAUUUGUUGUCGAGCUGGACCAUCUCAUCAUAUUUGUUUUCUCUCGACUGAGGUGGUCUGUACCCAACCAUGGAUUCCAUUCGGUUCCUGGGACCGUAUGCACAUGGAUCAGUAUGAUCCACGAGGAAUAACAUCAGUAGAAACAUUGUUUCCUGUUCAUCUCUCGAAUAAAAUCUACAAAACAAUGGGACCAAAGUCGAAAGGAAAUAAAUCUAAGUCGGAUUGGAGUAUAUGCAAUCUGACCGGGAUUGGGUUUCACACAUCAGACUCCGCUGCUCACUCUUCUCUCUUAGAAACAUCAUGUUCAUCUCCGAACCAACUUGAUAUAUCCUUUCCUCAUGUUUAUAAUUCUAUCUUUAAAACCUCAAUUUCUGUUAAUGUUGACGGUAAACUUGGACCUUUGACAAAUUACUCUGAGAAGUUCAACACCAUCUUCCUUCCUAACUUUGUGGUGCAGUCCUGUGGGAUAGGGUUCGGUACCUGGGUUUCAGUUUCAGGUUCAAGUUUCCAUAUAGUGCUCCGGGCAUUUCCUCAUAAUAUACCAGAUCACAAAAAUGGAGUCUGUACCCGAGGAUCCUGGCUGGACCAACUAAAUGUCGAAGAUGAAUUGGUUCAAGUUGAAAAGUUUCAUCACAUGGUUCACUACUCGACAGAUAUCAGAGUAGACACCGAACCAUACUCAGAGGAAUAUUCGUCUUUGGACUUUCUGAGAAGGGUUAAAUCCUUCUUGGAGAACAAGAUUCUCUCCCACGGUAUUUCUGUUCCGUUCUCAUAUUUUGGGAAGAAGUUAAACCUGAUUCUACAUCUUCCAGUCGUUGGACCUGAAGCGGACUGUGACGAAUCCUUGAAUGAAUGCCUUGGAAACAUAUCUCUAACGGACGAGGACCCUGUUACUUCAACUCCUUGCAAACCUAGAAGAGAGACAAGACGAUAUUUUACAGUUACCUCCAGUACCCGUGUUAAGCUGGAUAAAGAACCUAAUCAAGGAAAUAAAAAGAAAACCCCAACCGCAGGUGGUGUCAUUAAACAGAAGAAAAUCCUUCAAGAUUCUGUAAAUUCUAUUUUCUCCUCCUCUAGAAAGGGUAUAAACGGAAUACUACUCUAUGGACCACCAGGAGUAGGGAAAACCUUGGUCGCGCUCAACCUUGAAGACGAGAUUAAAGCCAAUUUCAAAUUAAUCGUCGGUCCUGAGCUCUAUUCAAAGUUCUACGGAGAAACUGAAACUAAGAUCCGUGAAGUGUUCGAGGAAGCAGAACGGCUUGCUCCAACAGUUUUAGUUCUUGAUGAUCUGGAUUGCUUGGCUCCUCGUAAAGAUGGAGAAGGAGGUGAUCAAGAAAAACGUGUUGUUGCUACACUGCAGUCCUGCCUUGAUAAAAUACAAAUGCAACAGAUAAGAGUUGCUGUUAUAGCUACCACCAGCAGGUUGGAUGCUGUCUCCACAUCCCUCAGGAGACCAGGACGGUUUGAUCUAGAAGUCGAGUUGGGAGUACCCGAUGUAAAGAGCAGAGAAGAAAUACUUCGAGUUUAUCUUUCAGGAGGAGAACAUCAACUUUCUUCUCAGGAGAUUCAACUUGUUGCUCGGGUAAUCUACAAAAAAAGAAUUUAAUUUGU